AUUCGCCAAUUCAAUUCAGUCCAAAAAUAUUGGAUUUAUCCUGUAUAAAUUUUCAAUUCGGUUUAUUUAUAUAAUAUUUAUAUAAUUAAUAGCAUUCACUUUUACAGCAGGCCUUCAUACUGAACAUGUAUGUAGCGACAGAGAGGAGGAAAAACCCUGCUCCAACAUGUUUACGACAUGAAAAUGUCGUAAACAUUUUCUAGAAGGGAAGCUGGUCAAACGAAAACAAGACGCAUCAGAGUUGCUUUGUUUUGAGAUUUCAGAUAAGACUACAGUUGUACGUCUGCCAGAAGAACAUGGGGGCGGCGUUUGAUGAAGCGGCACCCUGCAAAGCCAUCUAGAAGCUUGCCAAGAUGAGUAUCUGCUGGGCAAACGUCUUCCUCUGAAGCAAAUCAAACAAGAAUUCUGGGCACCAGUCGAGUUUUUCUGGAGAAGUCGCUUGAGUUUCCCCUGGAAGGCGAACGUCCAGUUUUGCUGACUUUCCAGCGCGAGUUAAUCAGAACGUGUGACAGAUGCCAGCCUGUCAGUACAACAAACGGCUCUGGUUUUUCCUGUUGAAUGGGAUCCUAAACAGAUCUGGAAUUCAGUGUGUUUUGGAUAUAUUCACAUUAAACACUUCUGUAUAUGUAUGAUGAUGAUGAUGAAGGGAAACAAAUAAAUGGUGUGGUUUUAGAAGACCUAUCCAGAAUAAAUGUCAGAUUCUUUCAAACUCUCCCAAGGUCUUAAAAACCCCACAAGUAUUUUACUCUGUUUGUUGUCUGACGGUGUCCCGCUGACCCCGUGUGCGCUUCUAGAAGGUCAUUUUUGUUGUGCGGUUUCGAGAACUGACGGUCUGACUGGACAUCCUCCAGCUUCCCUGCUGUCCGACCGUGACAUCUGCCGCUCUUCCACCGAGCGCCGCGCCAAGAGCACCGAAUUGAUUUGUUGUUGAGAUUUCUUAUGUUGUUGUUAUUUAUUAGUCACCAACACCUGUUCAGCUGGUGGGCGCAAUAAGAGACACCUCUGACUUAAAAAAACGAGUAAACUAAAAACUGGGAUUUCUCGUUGGGGGAUCUUCGUGCCUGAGGGCAUUUACAAUUGUAAACGCCUGCAUGUUGUUGGUAAAUAAGAAAGAUGAGUCAAAGAUGGAGUGAAAAUUAAAUGUGUGUGUUUUUGAUUCUUUAGAAGAGCAAUAUAGUAGUAGGAGGCGGGGAAGGAAGGGUUCUGUCAGCGAGACAGUCUGCCACCUGUCAUUACUGACUACUUUACAAGCUUCUCUUCAUGCUCUCUGAUGUUUGUCUCAACAUGGAGCUGCCCGCUUUCCCACUAAAACAACAGAAAUACCAGCGAACCUGUCUGCUUCAGAAAAACAUAGAGUCAGCAGAUUGUUGCUUAAAACCAGUCCUUUACCCAAUCAAGGAGGAGAACAUUUUACAAACCGGUUUCCAAAAAGUGGAAAGUAGGUUUUGUGAAACACCUUACAACACGAAGCUGGUUACCCAAUGAAAUCCUGAAACACACACCCUGCUCUUCUCUGCAGUACGAAACAAGAAUCUCAACCAAAUAAAUGAUAAACUAUCAAUAAGUGUAUCCUGAUUUUGCAUCCGGUGAAUCAUCAGAAAGCGGAGACGGGCUCAGGGAGGCUUUUUAUUUCUACAAAGUACGGGUUGGGGGUUUUUCUCAAUAGAAAAUGUGACAUAUUCUACACCAAAACAACAUGGAGAAACAUGUUGGUUAAUGAUGUAGGCCUGAUUAGAAAUACUUAUUUAUUCUUAACUUAAAACAGAUUAUCUCAGAGGAACAUGUUGUAGUAGUGAAAAAGGGUUGACGCAGUCGUGUUCAGGAACACACGUAAAAAAGGGAAACGGGACAUUAGGUCAACCCACAGUAGAAAAAACCAGCAUCAUUAGAGAAAUGACCACACUGGUGUAGAGUCAUUUGGAUGCUGGGGUUUCCUAUCAAGACAGAGGUGAGUUUCUGAUACAGUAAAUAUUCUAAAAAGUUAACAGAUCUGGCUAAAUUAGUGACAUUUGAUAUAGUUUGAAAUCAAACAAUUGUCAUAGAAAUAAUAUUUUUAAAAAAAGGUUUAAGGAGGAAGCUGAAAUUAAGCUGUUUCACUUGAUGAGUUUAAUGUUUUUUUUGCCUGAAUUUGGCAAAUUCAGGCAAAUACUUUUGAUCAUAACAAAGAAGCUGAAUGUUAUUUUCGCAUUAAAUGCAGGUUAGAGGCAGUGCACCUGCAAAGAUCUUCCUGUAUGAAACGUCUAUGAGAAUUGAAGAUGGAAUUUAUUUUCUGGGAGAAUUACAAUUAGAAAUAAGUGUAGAUAAGUGACAUCCACCUGAACUUCAAUAAUAUUCUGGUGACUUUUAUAUCGCACAGUUGCUGUAGGAAUGUUUCAUUUGUGUGCGUGUUUCAAGCAGGAGCAUUAUUGGUGGUGCACAGCCUCCAACCUCCUUGUUCUUGUUGUUCAGUAUUUGCUGAUUUUUGAACAUAACUCCAAAUUAUUUACAAAAACUUGCAUAUAAUCAGACUCUUUCAAACAUCAUGAAUAAAAUGUAUAUAAAAAAAAAGAAGAUUCAGUUUGGGAAACUGAAAUAUAAAGACACAAUUCUACCCGAUACACUAUUGACUGGUGUUUGCAAAACAGCCAAUCCAUGUGUGUCAUACAUUUUCCUUGUUGCUGAUUGGUUUAACCCACAAGAAAGUAAAUAAAGAAGAGUAGAUGUUAGCUGCAGCGUGAAGACAGCUUCCACUCUGUGUAUUAGUGCAUAUUAAGGUAUAUAUGAAUUAUUAAAAUGGAUGGUUAUAAUGGUUUUAGAGGGGGUCUCAAGUAUUUAUCAAUUCCAGCAAUGCAUGGGUGGCUGUGGUUUCUGAUCCCCACCAACACCGGGGAUCUAUUGCAUUUGAUUCUGAUGAAAUUAUUUCCACCAAGAGGAUAUUAUGUCAUUUUAAUAAAUUUAAAGAACCUGUUUUCAAAAUCCCAUGCCGUCCUUUUAACAUUUCCUUUAAAAUGUUGAAGCUCUGAAACCAAGUUGAAGAACUUCCUCAAAUCGUUUUCUUCAGUUUCAAUGAAAGAUUUCACUCUGUUUCUUUCCCAUAGCCAUGUCCCUCACCUACAUCUUCACCGACAACUACUUUGACCAAAAUGAAACUGAGCCGUUCGACGUGAAUCUAAACACAAUAUCAUGUAAUCCAAAGCCUCUGGAUCCUACGGCAGGGGCGAUCUCGUCUCUGAUCCUCGUGGCCAACUUUUUACUGGCGAUCCCGGGUAACUUGCUGGUAGGAUUGGUGAUCAGCUCCAGCAGACAGGUUUUGACUUCAUCAGAUGUCUACUUGUUCCACCUGACCGUAGCAGACGGACUCAUGGCCCUGACGCUCCCAUUUUUUGCAGUGGCGCUGGUUUGGGGGUGGCUCUUUGGCGACUUCAUGUGCAAGUUCCUCAACCUGGUCAUGGAAGCAAACUUCUACACCAGCAUAAUCUUCCUGGCUUGCAUCAGCGUCGAUCGGUACCAUGUGAUUGUUCACGCCAGUGAAACCCACGGGACUAAACACAGGAAGUGCAGCAGGAUCCUGUGUGUGGCCGUCUGGGCCCUCGGUUGGGGCCUCGCUUUGCCUGCCCUUUUCAACGACGCCUUCAAGCUUGACGAGGACUCCGAGAUGUUCAUUUGCGCGGAACGCUUCGACAUUGGCAGCGGCACCAGUUGGAGGAUCGCCACUCGUGGGUUUCGCCACAUUUUCGGCUUCCUGAUCCCGCUGACCGUCAUGAUGGCCUGCUACGGCGUCACCGUCGCCAGGCUGUUGAACACUCGCGGUUUCAAGAAGCACCGGGCCAUGCGAGUGAUCAUAGCCGUGGUGAUCGCGUUCCUGCUGUGCUGGACGCCGUACCAUAUAACCAUGAUGAUCGACAUGCUGGUCAGAACCAACCUGAUCCGGUUCGACUGCAGCUUCAGGAGGUCGGUGACCUUAGCCCUGGACAUAACCAACACCCUGGCUCUUCUGCACAGCUCCAUAAAUCCGUUCCUGUACGCCUUCGUGGGAGAGAAGUUCAGGAAGAAAAUGAUGUACCUCGUGCAGAAGAAAUUCAGGCAGGAGAGGAUGUCAGGGUCAAAGGUCAGCCGGUCAACCUCUCAGACCUCGGAGGGAACUGGAACAUUUCUCUGAGGUCUUAAACUUAAAUUUGUAUUGCAUGGCUACAUGGAGACGUGGCUUAACGUUGUCUUUGUGUCUGAUUUGAGAUGAUAAAAACUGGCAACAGUGUCCAAAUCUGUCACAAAAAUAAGAUAAGAUAAAUUAGAUCCACUUUAGGACGUAUCAUUGUCUUGUUUUAUUUAUUUGGAAAUAAAAGACAAUAGAUAUUUCAAUUAUUUUCAAAGGUCGGACUUCGUGUACUCCUCUUGGAUAUUAUGACACAUUGUUGCUGUCAUGUUACCGUUGGUUACCUCAUUUCAUUGACACAAUGUUAACACAUUAUAGGAGACAUUUAAGAAAAUAAAGUACGGUUAAAUCCCUUAAAAGUAUAAUUUUACCAUAUUUACUAUUUUACAGUGUAAAGUUUCAACUUUUAUCUUUCUUCUUUGUGAAUAAAGACGAUGCUG